AUGUCUAACUAUCCUACCGAGCCUGAGUUCGAGCAGGCCUACAACGAGCUCGUCUACACCCUCGAGAACUCGUCCCUGUUCGAGAAGAAGCCCGAGUACCGCACCGCACUCCAGGUCGUCUCCAUCCCCGAGCGGGUGAUCCAGUUCCGUGUCGUCUGGGAGGAUGACAGCGGCAAGGUCCAGGUCAACCGCGGAUACCGCGUCCAGUUCAACUCUGCCCUCGGUCCCUACAAGGGUGGCCUGCGGUUGCACCCUACCGUCAACCUGUCCAUUCUCAAGUUCCUCGGCUUCGAGCAGAUCUUCAAGAACGCCCUGACUGGCCUGAUGAUGGGCGGUGGCAAGGGUGGAUCCGACUUCGACCCCAAGGGCAAGAGUGACUCGGAGAUCCGCCGGUUCUGCGUCUCCUUCAUGACCGAGCUCCAGAAGCACAUUGGUGCCGACACUGAUGUCCCCGCUGGCGACAUUGGCGUCUCUGGCCGCGAGAUUGGCUUCAUGUUUGGCACCUACCGCCGCAUGCAGAACAAGUUCGAGGGUGUCCUGACGGGCAAGGGCCUCGAAUGGGGUGGCUCCCUGAUCCGACCUGAGGCCACUGGCUACGGUCUGGUCUACUACGUCGGCCACAUGAUGGAGGUCGCUGGUGCUGGCGACUGGAAGGGCAAGCGCGUCGCCAUCUCGGGCUCGGGCAACGUCGCCCAGUACGCCGCCCUCAAGGUCAUCGAGCUCGGCGCCACCGUCCUGUCCCUGUCCGACUCGCAGGGCAGCUUCAUCGCCCAGGGCGACCGCACCUUCACCCCCGAGGACAUCCAGGCCAUCAUGGAGCUCAAGGAGCAGCGCCGGCCCCUGACCGACUACGCCAAGAAGGGCGACUUCAAGUACAUCGCCGGCGCCCGCCCCUGGGUCCACGUCGGCCAGGUCGACGUCGCCCUGCCCUGCGCGACCCAGAACGAGGUCAACAAGGAGGAGGCCGAGGCCCUGAUCGCCGCCGGCGCCAAGUUCAUCGCCGAGGGCUCCAACAUGGGCUGCGACCUCGAGGCCAUCAACGUCUUCGAGGCCAACCGCAAGGAGAAGAAGGGCGACGCCAUCUGGUACGCCCCCGGCAAGGCCGCCAACUGCGGUGGUGUCGCCGUCUCCGGCCUCGAGAUGGCCCAGAACAGCCGCCGCCUCGGCUGGUCCUCGGAGGAGGUCGACGACAAGCUCAAGGCCAUCAUGAAGAACGCCUUCCAGAUCGGCCUCGACACCGCCAAGGAGUACGUCACCAGCGCCGACGGCGAGCUCCCCAGCUUGGUCGCCGGCAGCAACAUCGCCGGCUUCGUCAAGGUCGCCCGUGCCAUGCACGACCAGGGCGACUGGUGGACCAAGGCCUAA